AUGGCAGCUGCUAAAUCACCUCCCAUCGCCGAGCCGCAGUCUUGGCCGAAACCGUCGAAGCCAUGGGAGCGUGUACAUAUAGACUACGCCGGGCCAAUAGAGGGUCACUACUUUCUUAUCGUCGUUGACGCACUAUCCAAGUGGCCCGAAAUCGUUAAGACGUCAACCACAACCGCCAUGGCUACCAUUUCAAUUCUGCGAAAUAUUUUUGCACGUUUCGGUAUGCCACGGAAGCUAGUCAGCGAUAACGGGGCUCAAUUCACCAGUGAAGCAUUCAGCGAUUUUUGUAUCCACAAUGGCAUCGAACAUGUUACCACGGCACCGUUUCAUCCGCAGUCUAACGGACAGGCCGAACGAUUCGUGGAUACCUUCAAGCGCGCCCUACGUAAAAUUCGAACGGAUAGCGUUCCGCUCGAGGAAGCUCAGGAAACCUUCCUCUUAUCCUAUCGCUCGACACCGCAUCCUGGCCUUGAUGGGCGUACGCCGGCUGACAUCAUGUUCGGUCGAAACAUUAGAACGUCUUUGGAGUUGCUACGCCCACCGUCAUCGUUACAAACCGAACCUGCCCAUCCGCAAGCCAAAGAACCGUACAACGGAAGACAAUUUCGGUUAGGAGAUCCUGUAUUCGCCAAAAUGUUCCACCGAAAUACCUGGAAAUGGAUCGCCGAAGCCAUCAAUUCGCCUGGAUCCAUCAAUCCGCUUAGAUUCAUCAAUCCGUCAAAAGCCUACGUCCGCGGUUACCAGUCAACCAGCGGUUCAUUCGCCACGCCGGUCUUCUAG